UGUGUCUCCCGCUCCGUCCCCUCCCCGCUCUCAGGUCACAAGCACCCUUGGAACCCAGAGGACCGCACUGUGAAGGUGACCCCCCUGGGAGGACGAUGGCCGGCGCCCGCCUCGCCUGGACCCACAUCCCUGCUGUCGCUCUGUGGCUCCUGUGCUCGCUCGGCCUCCAGGCAGGGUCCCGGAUCCCCAAGACCGGGCCAGGCAUAAACUUGAAGGUACAGCCCCAGGAACCCAUGGUGCUGAAGGAUGUGGACAGCACAGAUUGGCACCUACUGCAGGGUGACACAGACAUCAGAGUAGAGAGGAGAGAUCCGGACCACGUGGAAUUCUGGGGACUCAAGGAAGGCACCUACCUGUUCCAGGUGACAGUGAAUGGCUCAGACCAGCCAGAGAACACAGCCAACAUUACAGUCACUGUGCUGUCUGCCAAGCAGACAGAAGACUAUUGCCUCGCAUCCAAUAAGGUGGGCCGCUGCCGAGGUUCCUUCCCCCGCUGGUAUUAUGACCCCAAAGAACAGAUCUGCAAGCGUUUUGUUUAUGGAGGUUGCUUGGGCAAUAAGAACAACUAUCUUCGGGAAGAAGAAUGCAUGCUAGCCUGCCGAGAUGUGCAAGGACCCUUGAUGAAAAGGCACCAUCCAGUGUGCUCUGGCAUCUGUCACUCCACCCAGUUCCGCUGCAGUAAUGGCUGCUGCAUCGACAGCUUCCUGGAAUGUGACAACACUCCCGACUGCCCUGAUGCCUCGGACGAAGUCACCUGUGAAAAGUACACCAAUGGCUUUGAUGAGUUCCAGAGCAUCCCUUUCCCCAGUGACAAAGUGCACUGCGUGGACCUGCCAGACACGGGACUCUGCCAGGAGAGCAUCCCACGCUGGUACUACAACCCCUUCAGUGAACGCUGUGCACGCUUCACCUAUGGCGGUUGUGAUGGCAACAGGAACAACUUCGAGGAAGAGCAGGAGUGUCUCGAGUCCUGUCGUGGCAUCUCCAAGAAGGAUGUGUUUGGUCUGCGGCGAGAAAGCUCCAUUCCCAAUGCAGGCUCUGUGGAGGUAGCCAUUGCAGUACUUCUGGCCACCUGCAUUGUGGUGGUGGUAGCCAUCCUGGGUUACUGCUUCUUCAAGAACCAGAAAAAGGGCUUCCGCAGACACCACCGCCACCACCACCCACCCUCCACCCCUGCCAGCUCCACCGUCUCCACCACUGAGGACACGGAGCACCUGGUCUAUAAUCACACAACCCGACCCCUCUGAGCCUGGGGCUCUCGCUAGCUCUCACCUGCUCUCACCUGGCCCUGAUUUCUGUUUGUCGAGACAGGCCUAGGCUGGGGACAACUUUGGGACCAGACUUCUCCUGCCUGUUUCCCAGGCCCACUCUGCCCCAGAGGCCAGGGCUUUAGCCCCCUUGGAGGAAUCUCAGCUAAGCUCAGGACAGUUGUUUCUGAGAAAGCUCAAGGGUAUGGGAGGAGCAGAAAACCCUUGAGCCGGAGUACCAUACACAGAUGGACCUGCCUACCUAGGAGUUCACAGGAAGUUGGAGUUUUGUUCUCUGUUCAGAGCUGCCUGCCCCUACCCAACGUGCUGGGAGGGGAUCUGGGGUGGUGUCAGAAGCUAGAGGCCCCAACCCUGUCCUCCAGAGCUGCCCCUUACGCUCUGCACAGUCCAGGGCUGGGAGGGAGGACUUCCCUGUAUAGUGUGUGCUGUAAAGAGUUGCGUUUUGUUUAUUUAAGGCCAUGGGGGUGGGUGAAGGGGAAUGGAAGGCGGCUGUCUGGCCUCCUCUCUUCCUCUUUGCCCAAGAUUGAGCUCUGUGCCCUUGGCCAGACCCAACCUGGCCUGGACUGGCAGUCACAGCCAGGAAGGCUCCGCUGCAUCCCCCACCCCCCAGGGCUCUCCACUAUCACACUCCCACCCCUUCCUCAUUUUCUGUCACAGUGUAAUAAAAUGUUUUGUUCUGUGGGG